CGGCCCGGCGGAGGCGGCGGCUGCUCUCAGGGCAGCGAGGGGAGGGGGUGGGGGGCUUGGCUCCCGGUGGCCGGAUACCGCUCCUGGGCGGAGGAGGAGGGGAAGGAGAAGGGGGAGAGGAACCGCCCCCGGACCCACGGAGCUCCGGCGCUGCUGGCUUCCUUAAGCCAGACUUAAUAUCGAUAGAAUGAAAAAGUUUAAAAGGAGACUUUCCUUAACCUUGCGUGGAAGCCAGACCAUUGAUGAAUCACUGUCUGAGCUAGCAGAACAAAUGACAAUUGAAGAAAACAGCAGCAAAGAUAACGGUGUGAGUAAUAAUGGAAGAAUCAGCUACAGUAAAGUGCAGCCUAUUGUGAAGAAUGGCAGGCCUCCAACGUCUCACAGCAUGCACUCAUUUCUCCACCAAUACACAGGAUCUUUCAAGAAGCCCCCUUUACGGAGACCCCAUAGCGUCAUAGGGGGCAGCCUCGGCUCUUUCAUGGCAAUGCCCAGAAAUGGGAGCAGAUUAGAUAUUGUUCAUGAAAAUCUGAAAAUGGGGUCAGAUGGUGAAAGUGACCAAGCUUCUGGAACGUCAUCAGAUGAAGUUCAGUCUCCCACAGGUGUUUGUCUCAGAAACCGGAUACAUAGACGAAUCUCAAUGGAGGAUUUGAACAAGCGCUUGUCCCUGCCUGCUGACAUCAGGAUACCUGAUGGCUAUCUUGAAAAGCUGCAGAUUAACAGCCCGCCGUUUGACCAGCCAAUGAGUCGACGAUCUCGCAGAGCGUCACUAUCAGAAAUUGGAUUUGGAAAAAUGGAAACCUAUAUCAAGUUAGAAAAGCUUGGAGAGGGUACUUACGCAACAGUUUAUAAGGGGAGAAGUAAAUUGACAGAGAAUCUGGUAGCUCUGAAAGAAAUCCGCCUGGAACAUGAAGAGGGAGCACCAUGCACAGCCAUAAGAGAAGUGUCAUUAUUAAAAGAUCUGAAGCAUGCAAAUAUUGUUACAUUGCACGAUAUUGUGCACACAGAUAAGUCUCUGACUCUUGUUUUUGAAUAUCUGGACAAGGAUCUGAAGCAGUACAUGGAUGACUGUGGUAACAUUAUGAGUAUGCACAAUGUAAAGCUAUUUUUAUACCAGAUUCUUCGUGGUUUGGCAUACUGUCAUAGGAGAAAGGUAUUACAUCGUGAUCUGAAGCCACAAAAUCUACUAAUUAAUGAGAAAGGAGAACUGAAGCUUGCAGACUUUGGAUUGGCUAGAGCAAAAUCUGUUCCUACAAAGACCUAUUCCAAUGAAGUUGUCACAUUAUGGUACAGACCACCUGAUGUUCUCCUCGGAUCUUCAGAGUAUUCGACUCAAAUUGACAUGUGGGGUGUCGGAUGCAUAUUUUUUGAAAUGGCAUCAGGAAGGCCUCUUUUUCCUGGUUCGACUGUUGAAGAUGAACUGCAUUUAAUUUUCAGGCUUCUGGGAACCCCAUGUCAAGAAACGUGGCCAGGCAUUUCUUCCAGUGAUGAAUUUAGAAACUACAACUUUCCUAAGUAUAAACCACAACCCCUCAUCAACCAUGCACCAAGGCUAGACACAGAAGGAAUUGAAUUGAUAGCGAAGUUCCUUCAAUAUGAAUCGAAGAAGAGAAUUUCAGCAGAGGAGGCCAUGAAACAUGCAUACUUCAGAAGUCUUGGAACAAGAAUACACACUUUGCCUGAAAGUGUUUCAAUAUUCAGUCUAAAAGAGAUUCAAUUGCAAAAAGACCCUGGCUUUCGAAAUUCCACUUACCCAGAGACAGGACAUGGGAAGAACAGAAGGCAGAGCAUGCUUUUUUAAAGUGGGCGAUACAGAGUCAAGCCCAAGCCUAUCCUGUCAAUCAAGGACUGGGAUCUGAAGGCAGUGCUCUCUGUUGGUGGACUUGGAAUCACAGUUUGUCUACACUGUCCUCUUCACAGUGGAGUCUUUUUAUUUCCAACCUGCAGAUUAUGUUUUUAUAUUUGUUGUCACAGUGUGACAAUUUUUUGUACAGUUGGUUUUAAGGUCUCCUCUGCCACUAGAGCCAGUAGGUUACAGCUGUUGAUGUAACUGUAGCUGCAAUUUUUGUGCAGGACUGAGAAAAACAGUGCAUUAUUUAUUGCGGAAUCAUUGCUGCUAAAUAACUACUGUCUGUAUAGUAACACAACAGUUCCAUGCCUGAAGAAGUUGCAAUGGCUUUAUAAUAUGUGAAUGCAUCUGUUUCUCUUCAUAAAAUGUUCUACUGCUGCGGGGUUUUUUUGUAUUUCUUAAACUGCAGUGUUUCCUGGAAUGUAAACAUAGCUUUGCUUGGCUAUAGGUGAACCAUCUUUAAUGCUCUAAGUUCAUGGCACUUAAUUCCUUAUUUAACAUUGGAAGUAUGUGUUGCAAUAGUUGAAUAAUUAUAAUGUUUUUGAAAAGCACAUGGUGUGAAAGUUGAUUCAAACAAGUGAACAGACACUAUUAUUUGCUCUCAGAUCCUACAUUAGUUAUUGAUAAAUUAGAGCGUGGAGGCUGGAUGAUAAAUUUUGUCAGGCUUACUCCAGUGUAAGAUAUUUGCACGUUGUUGUGCAUAUGGGGCCUGCAGAAGCAAUGACUUUUUUACCUUGUUUUUAACAUAGAAGUACAAAGAGUAAAAAGAUUAUUCAUGUACAUUGGACCCUGGCUUACUUUUGAAAUUUAGAAUUUUGUUAGAGGAACAGGACAACUAAUUACAAGAAAAUGGGAAUAAUGUCACGCUUUUCCCACCUUGUUGCUCUCCCAUUUGUGUAUUAUUCACUUGAAAUCAACUGGAAAGAUGCAAGUUUGUACUUGAUAAGAACUCACUAUACCACAGAGCUUUUACAGUGGGAACUUAGAGAGUUUUUUCAGAUCUUAGAUGUUAUCUGUUUACCAGAGACAGUAAACAUGUUACUACUAUGCUUAUGCAUCUCAGUGAGUAUCAUAAGUACACCCUUGGUGAUGGUUACAGUAUUUUUAAGCAUUUGUGUUCACCUUUAUGAACUUAUUUGUUUAGUGCAUCUUAAAGAAACUGUAAAUCUUAUUGGUAUAUUUUGAAAUGGUCAUGUAAAUCUUUGGCUGGUAUAUCAUGAAAAUAGUCAUAGGUAACUUAAUUUUUCCUGACAUUCACUGUAAAACGUUCAGGGGUCCUACCAUUUCUGUUCAGGAAAUCUUGUAGUUUUAUUGUUAUUUAACAGUAUUAAGUGAAUUUUUGUAUAUUUCAUUUUAACUUUAUUUGUGAAUAGUGAUUGUGGCAUGUUUGGGGGUGUUUUAUUAAUAUUUCAUUGAUACUGGUAAAUUUUAAUUGGGUUUUUUUUCUAUUUUAUUUUCUGGAAGAGAGAAAUUCAUGUGUAAUGGUGACUAUUGGACCACUACUGCUUUUCAGCCUUUGUAAACCGGUUUUACGUUAAAUCUUGUAGACCUAACAAACUGCUGUUAUUUCUAACUGACCGACCUGUAUUAAUAUUGUACUUUUGAAAGUAUAAAUAUUAUGUGGAAUUCUUUGGUUUUUGUUUUGAAAUUUAUAAUAACAAAGGCCCUGUGUUGUUAAAAAUACAGACUAAGUGAACUUGCGGUUCUUGGGGCUUUGUUGGAAACGUUUAGCUAGAUCUGUGUGUUGUGGGAGUCAUCGGUUUUAACUUUGGCUGCUUAUUAAUUCAUGCAGUGCAGAAGUAGUGGCAGUGGAAAGUAAUGUGACUCAUCCAUGACUGAGGCCAUUCAGGUUCUUAUCAUAAACAUGGUCCACAGUCUAAUUUUAGGCAAGCAAGUCCUGCAUGUUACACGGUAUCAGAAGCGUUGCCUGGGUCUAGGAGCGUAAUACGGGUCUCAGAUACAUGCGUGGGUCUCCCACUGAUACCAGUGGGAGCGUUAUGUGUGUGUCAGAGGCAGAUUUGGCACUGAUGAAAAACCUUUGUCCUGAAAUAGUUGUUAUAUAUUUUUUUAUAGUUGCUAUGGAUCUGAUCUAGAUUUUAUACUGAUUAACUUUGUAGGAAAUACGUUGUAGACGUGAUGGUGUUGAAGCAGGAAGUAUCAGGAAAACAUCUCCUUUUUUUACAAAAGUAGUGAAGAUUCAGAGUAAACGUUCACUGUGGAUAAAUGCGGGAUUAAGCAUUUCUAGAACAGUAAUGUUUUAUAGGUCAUAAAAGAACAAGUAAUAACGUGACACUAAUGAGUAAAGGACUUAAAGGUUUAACUGGUAAAAUGAAGUUCAUUAAUAAAUUUAGAAAGGGAUCAGCUGCGGCUAACAAAAGGACGUUUCCAUUUUAAGUAGGAAUUCAGGUUUUUUGUUACAGAUGAAAAGAUCUUCCAUAAAACUAAAGCAUUCUGCUUAUAAGAGAUUUUUUUCCUAAGGGCCUAUAAGUGAAUCGGUUGUCUUCAUUAGGAGGUAGCUUUUAAAGGAUGUAUUUCUUAAGAAACUUGGCAUCUGUGGUAAAGCCAGUUUGUGGGGGUUUUUUGUCUAUAAUCGAAAUUCCUGUGUCAGCAGAGACAGUUCUGUGGCAGCUGCCUGUCUGGGGCAGUAGUCAGCGAGUCUGAAGUUGCUGGGCAUUUCUCUGACGUCCUUUUCAUGCAGUUCAGUGUUCUGCCUCCUGUCUGGCAGCAUCAGGCGCUACGGACUUUGUUUCACUGUCCCCAGGAACUGUAGGGAGCGUUGGCCUUUCGGGGAGAAGACCUCAACCGUGAUGAAAAACAAGCAGAUAGUCGCUAAAAAUGGGUGACGCUUGAGAUCCGGUAUGACGACCUUUGCUUGAAGAUGAGUGAUCAGUUAAUGAGAAAUGGCCUGCAAGUUAUUGCUGAUUUUAAGUAGUUAGUUUUAGAAGAUACCUGGUGUAUUCCAUCUACCCCAGGGUAGGAAUGCCAAGGUGCGUGUGUAGGUGUGUGUAGGAAUAAGGUGGUCUUGAAGACAGGGAAGAGGCAGGUGGUGAGGUUGCAUGCACAUGCAGGUGAAGGAUGAAGGGGAGAGAGGGUGGGUGGAGGAUGGGGAUGGACAGGACAGAGUAGGAGAUUGAAGAGGCAAACCAGCUGCUCAGCAAUGCUCUAGUGGAACAUGCAUCUCAACACAGCUGUGUUAUUUUUGUGCUGCUUUACCACAGCAUUAAGUAGCCAGAGUGUAUCCCUGAAUUGGGCAAUAAAACUUAAAAUAAACGAUUAUUAAAGAAUCAACAUGCUUUGUAUUUGCUAAUCAUUUGAAGAACUGCAAGGUAGCAUUCUUUGGGCUGCUUGCUCAUUGUUCGCACAUGAGUUUUUCAAUGGAAUAAAGGUACGUUGUUCCUGUUUUGCAAUGUUAAGAUUGAAUUAAGGUUAAGUAUCCAUGCAGUUACUGAGGACAAAAUAUACGAAAGGUAUGUUGUAAAUAUCCCCAAGUCAAGUAUUAAAAACCCAGGAAACACCCGGAGUUAAGGUCAGACUUGAAAGAAAUCCAGACAAGUAUGGAAAUACACGGCUAUAGCAUAUAAUGACACUGAAGAAAAAUGAGAUUUUACCUUGUCUGUGACAACAUUUUAUCUGGUCACUAAUGGGCAGAGUUGAAACAAUUCAGGCACCGCGUUAGCAUGUUUUGAAACUUUUUUUCCCCCCCGUAGUAAAGUUUGGCUUGGAAACAAAUGCAGUGUAUCUAUGAAACUUCUUAAUUUUGUGGAGGAACUUGAGUGCUUACAGGGUGGUUUUUUUUCUCCUUUUUCCAUUUCAGAGACUGGGCUGUUAGAUUCAAUGCUGCUGUUUGGCCUGUGUCCCAGUCAGCAUCAUCCAUGUAUCUCACUGACAUCCAUGUCAGACCAAUUUAAGAGACUGACAAGAUAACAAGUACAGAUUGUAAAACAUGAAGGAAGUACUGUGCAAGUGCUUAGCUAAUCGGUACAUUGUAAAGUAAGCUCUGGCCGUACAGGUGGGGUGGUUUUGAAAAGUAAAAGCCAAGUAGAUACAUAGGCUUUAAUUCAUACCAUACAGUCUUUUCAUCUGUGGAGUUCAGUUGCACAGAAAUCAUCACACUCUUCUUCCAGGCUGCAGUGGAUAUUUGUGUUGUCAGAACUGGGAUUAGAGUUUAGCUAUCCUAGAUUUUUUUUAAUCUUUUGUGCAUGAAUUUUAGUGGGCUGUACAGUCCCUUUCUCAUUUAACUGAAAGAUUGAUGUCGGUGGAAAAACACGUGCGUUACAAUUUUCCAUUAUUUUCACAUGCUUUCUAAAAAUCCCUUAACUCAUUUAAGUUCUGUAAUUUUUGAGCCGACUUAAACUGUGAAUGCACAUGUAUGCAUAUACUUACCAUGGUAAGUAACUGCUGUGUUUAUUGUCCUGGCUGCAUCCUCCAGAAUCAUUUAAGAAGCAGGCCUGCCUAAACAGGUUGCUUUUACAGUCCUCCUAAUGAAAUACGAGUCUCGUUCAGCUCAGAUGCCGUAUCUUGAAACACAUUUUUCCCCAGAGAGCUACGAAGUUCCUUCAUUUGAUGCAGUGGGAUCUUGCUCAUGGAUUUGCCAUCACUCUGGGUUGCAAACCAGGGAGGAUGCUCUUCCCUGUCCCCUCCCCAACAGGCUCUUGCAGAGCACCUCUCUCCAGGCCCUGCAUGGCAGGGUCAGCACUGCCUGCUCCUCCUCCCUCACACCCUGAGCUUGUUUUUAAAAUGACUCUUUUCCAGGAGGAAAUGUAAUUUCCUUAAUUUGCAGGAGGCGGCAGCUGACCUGGAGCCAUGUUAGCAAUAAUUCAGGUGAUGUUUGUCCGUUUGCAUUUCUUGCAGAAUAAACACAAACUGAUGGGAAUCUUUUAAGACAAAAAUAUUAAUGUAUCCUAGAGCCCUCUCUUAUAGGAUGCUUCUCUACAAAUACCACCCCACCCAAGGCAGGCCGUGAUGCCGAUUGUCCUGAGUCCCUGCCCUGAGGUUCAUUCUUCUUUCUUCAUUAUUUAAAUUUGUACCUCUCCUCACUAAUGCUGUCAGUCUCUUUGCCUCAAGAAAUAGGUUUGUACUCCACCUGUGUAGGCAGAGCACUCACGUAUUGAUUGGUAAGAGCAGUUACAGUUUGGGGCUAAAACGGAUUUCUGAAGUUGUACUUUUCUGACAGCUUCGUAGAGUUACGCUUAAACAUGAGUGACCAGUGUUUGUUUAUCCUACGGGAUAAACAGGCAGUCUCAAGAUCAGAAGGGAACAGCGACGCCUUUACAUAAAAGACUACCUGGACUUACUAUGCCUUUUCUAAACUCGUUUGGUGGUCGCGGUGGCUUCUGAAGAUGCUUCCUGUAGGCACAAGAUCACGCAGCCUCUUAAUGCAGAAACUUGUUCUGUUAAAAUUAAAUGCUGUAGAGUGUUUUAAAGGACCAUCUCCCCUUUAAGCAGUCAUCUUGUUGACAGUUCAUUACUUCUUUGGUAGGUAUUUCCAGAUUGGCAGGUACCUGUCUCAUGAGACUAGUUUUACUCAGACAAAACAAAUUGUUCUUUGUUGACAUAAUGGACACAUGUCAUAUCUGACUUUUUCUGUAGUUUGUUAUCACCCAUCACAGUUUUCCUCACCUUGAAAGUUUUCUUUAGAACUGAAGCCACUUACCUGUGCCAGGGCAGAUGUGUGCAGUCUCUUGGCAAAGCUACCCAGUAGCUGUGGCCUUACUGGCGGAUUACUUGCCUUUCUGAAAAAACAAUGUGAAGGUAAGCCAAGAAUAGCCUAAGCGUGCACCCAGCCUGUAUAAUACUGAAAACUUUUUGUGUAUUGCUGAAGUGUGAAUAAAGUGUAAAUCAUUCCAUAAAAUCCCUCAAGUAUAAUCAAAUUGCAUUUACUACCAUGAAUACUGAAAACAGUAAAUCCCGUUUUGUUCCCCAGGAUUGUUGGCUUGGAACUCUCUGUGCCACAGAAAUACUGACACUUUGACAGUAUUUAUUUUAUAAACAUUUAUUUGGUUUUUCUCUAGAGUUAAAAAGGUAUCUGUUAAUAAAAUUCAGUAGAAAAUUA